CACCUCUGCAGCAGUUAUAUUGUGCUGGCUCCGCUGCAGUCUGCUACUGCUGACUGAGAAUGAAUGACUGAGUCCAAUUUAAACGCAACUUUGUUUACGGUUGCUGCGGGACUCUGCAAACUUAACAGUCAAUUUCUGAAACCAGGAUGAAGUUUCAGUCAGUUUCGCGUGAGGCGGUUUACUGGUGUGACUUGCUGCAACGAGUUCUGAGGCCCUGAGGUCUUGGGAGAAGAGGGUAAAUUUGGGAGGGGUGAAAAAACUGAGAAGACGCAGCCGUCACUUUCUAUGGCAGUCAUCCUGAAGCUUCCACUUUAGACAGACCCGUUCUCUGAUCCCAAGGCCAUCAUCUUAGGAGUAGUUUGCCAGAAGCUUGUCCUCGGUGUAAGUUGAGCAAGGAGGAUCUGUCAACAGGUGCCUAGUGAUAUGAGGGUUCGUGUGGCGAAACAGGUGCAUAUUGACUUCAUGAGCUCCAUGGCCUCCGACAGGGCCUCCGCUGUGCUGGGAGUGAAGAGCCUCGGUAAGGAGACUUCGGCGAAUAAUGGAGAUGCUCUCAUAUCCGUGAACUACGGCUUGCCUGAGAACGAAUCCCCUCGGUUUUCAUUCGAGACUUCAGAGGGGGACUCACCAUGCACAAAGUGCAGAAUGCGGAAGUCUUUGGAUACUAGGUCUAGAAGUUUGGAUUGCUUAGACGAGACUUACAGGUCCAAAAGCUGCAGCUGUGGGGCUGCAAGGCACGGGGAGGAAGGGUUGUACGUGUGCCAGAUGUGUGGGUUUUGCGAUCCAGUGGAAAGCGAAGAAGGCUGCCCGGAGAAUAGCUUUCCUCCUAGAAGCUGGGGAACGGUGCCCCAGCAGAUGAAAGCAGAAGGGUUUUCUUCUGAUGUUACUUGCCUUGCUGGAGAGCGGCCAACAUUGAGUGGCUCGGAUGACGAACUGUGCCAGAUGGAACUCGUAAUCGGCCAAAACAUGGAGAGCCUGCCGUUCUGCGGGCUGGAUUUGAGGCGAAACAGUGUGCCUGUAUCCUCACCACAAGGGCCUCAAUGCACCAAUGGCUGCGGCACUGCCGUGAAUAACAAAAUGCGUGACAGAACGGACUUUGUAUGUGCCGUGUGCCAUAAAAAUGGCUUCUCUAGUUUGGAAAGGCUCAACAGGAAAAGCAAACCCAUGUGCUCUCAGGGCAGAUGCCUUAAGAGGUCCACGCCAUUCAGGUUGUCUGUACCUGACUGUAGUGACAGCGAGGGCUCUGUGUCCGAUAGCGAGUUUGUGCAUAACAAGAAAGAGCGCUCUACUGUCCUGGUCAGGAGGUACCUCAAGAACAACCAGAAGAUCAAAAAGACAGUGUGCACCGGCACCAGAGCUAUAGUGAGGACUCUACCCACCGGCUGCAUCUCUGACAGGGUCUGGGAGUCUGUUUGUGGGAAAACAUGCCACCUUGGUGAUGAGGCGAGAGGAUACAGCAGAGCUCUUCAGGCCAUCCAGCUGCAGGUUUCCAGGGCCCUUCUCACAUACCCAGGGGUCAGGUUUGCCGAGAUUGACCAUGUUGAUCCUACCCUGAGUCCUGAGGUCUAUCUCCUGCACCCGUCCAGAAAGCUGCUUGCCCAGGCUGUGUCAUGGCCACCGGUCUCCCCGUCGUGGAUUAGAUUUAGGGCCUGUCCUCCUAGAACCAGCAUUGCAGCUCGUCUGAGCGGGGCCCUGCUGGAGGCCACAGCUGCUCUCGGGGCCCGAAGUUCUCUGCCCGGCUUCACUGUUGGCUCCACAGGUCGAGCGAUGCUGAAAGAACGGCAGCUGUGCAGCUCCAUGGCCAACUCCAGCAUCCUCCCAUCCACCGUGACGGGCAUCAGUAAGGAACUAGCCGACCUGCGGCACCUCAUCCAGUUCCCAGAGGAGAUCGCCACCAUCCUGACAGAACAGGAGCAGCAGCUAUACCGCCGCGUCUUCCCCCUCGACUACCUCAGCUUUCUCACCCGAGACCUGGGAAGCCCAGAGUGCAACAAAUGCCACCUGCACCUGAAAGCCUCCUUGUCCGCCCCCAUCAUGCCCACUCAGAAUGACCACCACAACACAGUAGAAGACCUCGUCACAAGAUUCAACGAGGUGAGCUCAUGGGUGACCUGGCUUAUCCUGACUGCUGGGUCCAUGGAGGAGAAGAGAGAAGUCUUCUCAUACCUUGUCCAUGUGGCAAAGUGCUCCUGGAACAUGGGCAACUACAAUGCGGUCAUGGAAUUCUUGGCAGGUCUCAGGUCUCGCAAAGUGCUGAAAAUGUGGCAGUUCAUGGACCAGGUGGAUAUUGAGACCAUGCGUGGUCUGAAGGACGCCAUGGCCCAGCAUGAAUCAUCCUCUGAGUACAAGAAAGUGGUCAACCGUGCCCUUAACAUCCCUGGAUGCAAAGUGGUGCCCUUCUGUGGCGUGUUCCUUAAGGAACUUAGCGAGGCUUUGGAUGGUGCAGCCAGCAUUAUUGGACUGCGUCCAUCAUUUGAUUCUCAAGAAGAUCCUGUUGAGUUUGUCACCGACUACAACGGCCAGCAGCACUUCCUGCAGAGGGUUGGGAGCGAUGGGCUCCACAGCUCAGACAAGGAGGCGACCGUCAGUAGCAUUCUGCAGACGAUUCGCAGCUGCAACCGAAGCCUGGAGCCUGAGGAGAAGGCACAAGAGAUCACAGUUUGCCCCAAAAAUUCCUUCAAAGACAAGAGCAGAAACCAGUUUUUAGUAGGGGACCUCUCAGACUCUGAAGUGGACCCACUUGAGCUGGCUAAGUAUGUAGACCUCCAGACCACAGAAGAGGUGCAUGGACCAUUUAGCCACGGAACAGAGCUCAUCCCCUGGUACGUGCUCUCUCUUCAACCAGAUAUCCACCAGUUCCUGCUCCAGGGAGCAACCGUUAUCCACUACGACCCCGAGACCCACCUCACCGCCCGCUGCCUCCUCCGUCUACAGCCCGAUAACUGCUUCCUUACCUGGUCCAAGCCCCACAGCAGCUGUGGCCCAGGUAUAGGAGCCAGAGGCUUCAUGGGACAUCCACCAUCCCCAGACCACUUACCCCUGGGCCAACCUGUGCACUGCGGACUGGCCGAUGGACUCCUAGACCUUAACGUGGUAAAGGCUGUGUUUAUGGGUCACCCUGGAGUGGAUGUUAACUAUGUGUGCCUGCAGCACAAACUGUGUAACAUGAACCCUGGCGAAAAUGGUGUCACACUGCUAUAUGGACUUAACACCACAGACAACAGGCUCCUGCACUUUGUGGCCCCCAAGCACACGGCACAAAUGCUGCACGAGGGCCUCCGGGAGCUGCUCAGUGCCAUCAGGAAGAUCAGGAAGUUUCCUGACCAGAGACUACAAUGGCUGCGAAAGCAGUAUGUUAGUUUGUACCAGGAGGACGGUAGAUUUGAGGGGCCCACACUGGCCCAUGCUAUCGAGCUGUUCGGUGGGAGACGCUGGAAUAUGGGUGCUAGCGGACCUGGAUCCGCCAGCAAGAGUGUGGAGAAGAGCUCAGCCCAGAAAAACAGCCCGCUGGGCAUAAACUCCAACGUCAAGAAGAAGAAGAAAGCCUUAGUCAGGGGGGACAGUGGUGAUGGAACAGAUGAUGAGAUGAUCUCACGCAAGACCAGGAGCUGUAAAGAGACUUUGGGGAGGAGAGAAUCAGACCCUUUGGAAAGUGUUGAGCAGGAAAACGCUGAGGACUGCAGUACCUUUGGCCACCCUGGAUCCCUUUCCUUAUCCAACAGCAAAGGCCAGUCUCCUGGAUCCUCCUUAUCAUCCUCCUCCUCAUCUUCCUCUGGCUCCUUUAGCACAAACACCUCCACCCCUACCCGCCCUCAUUCCUCCCCCAAUCUCCCCGGCAACCCCAAAAGUCAACCAGGUGUGGAGAUCCUCAGCAUCAUACAGAAAUUUGAGCCUUCUUCAAACAUGCGUCAGAUGGGGUGGAUGUCCUUUGAAGGAUUUGCCAGGUUUCUUAUGGACAAGGACAACUUUGCCUCUAAAAGCGAGGAGUCUCAAGUGAAUCUGGAUGAGCUCCAGUUUCCACUCUCGUACUAUUACAUGGAGUCCUCUCAUAACACAUACCUCACGGGCCAUCAGCUGAAGGGAGAGUCUUCAGUGGAGCUCUACAGCCAGGUGUUGCUGCAGGGCUGUCGUAGCGUUGAGUUGGACUGUUGGGACGGGGACGAUGGCAUGCCUGUUAUAUACCAUGGACACACUCUUACUACUAAGAUUCCCUUCAAGGAUGUUGUCGAAGCCAUUAAUCGCUCAGCGUUUGUGAACUCAGAGAUGCCCGUGAUUCUGUCCAUCGAAAACCACUGCUCUUUACCACAGCAACGCAAGAUGGCUGAGAUUUUUAAGACAGUGUUUGGUGAGAAGCUGGUGAUCAAGUUCCUGUUUGAGAGGGAUUUUGGGGAUGAGCCUUUGCUUCCAUCUCCCCUGCAGCUCCGAGGGAAGAUCCUACUGAAAAAUAAAAAGCUGAAAGCUCACCAGGCUCCAGUGGACAUUCUCAAACAAAAGGCACAUCAGCUGGCUCACAUGCAGGCCCAGGCCAACAACGGCUCAGUCAGCGGAACAUCCCUGGGAAACAAUGAUGAAGAAGAAGAGGAGGAAGACGAGUAUGACUAUGAUUAUGAGUCACUGUCUGACGCUGAUGUCCUCAAUGCUUCCACAGCCUCUUAUGGCCAGGAAGACAAUAUUCUGGACGACAAACCCGAAGGCAAGUCAUCCACUGAGAAACUUCAGUAUGAGUCCAAUGAUGAGAUGCCCAAGCGGUUUAAGAAAGCGGGAAGCAAAGGAAAGAUGUUUGACAUGGAGCUAGGAGAGGAGUUCUACCUGCCCCAGAAUGAGAAGGAGAGCAGACAGAUCGCUCAAGAGCUCUCUGAUCUGGUCAUCUACUGUCAGGCUAUCAAAUUCCCAGGCCUCUCCACCCUCUCCCCAUCAGGCUCUGGAAGGGGAAAAGACAGAAAAAGCCGGAAAUCCAUUUUUGGCAGCGCUCCUGCUCGCGGAAGCCCCGGGGAGCCUGUGACGUUGGUCCGAGCUCCAGGGAAAGCCAGUCUGGAGGGCAUUCGAAUGAACUGGGAGGAACAAACAUCACUAACGCUGAGCCCGAGCACCUCUCUCAGCUCCAUCAUCCGCACACCCAAAUGCUACCACAUCUCCUCUGUCAAUGAGAACGCUGCAAAGCGUCUGUGUCGCCGCUACUCCCAGAAACUCAUCCAGCACACCAGCUGCCAGCUGCUCCGCACGUACCCUGCAGCCACACGCAUCGACUCCGCCAACCCCAAUCCUCUCAUCUUCUGGCUGCACGGAAUCCAGUUGGUCGCCCUCAACUAUCAGACCGACGACCUGCCCAUGCAGCUGAACGCAGCUCUGUUCGAGGCUAAUGGUCACUGUGGUUAUGUGCUGAAGCCUCCGGUCCUGUGGGAGCAAAGCUGCCCUCUCUAUCAGCAAUUUUACCCUCUGGAUCGAGACCUGGAGAACAUGACCCCCACGCUCUACACUCUCACUAUUGUGUCGGGACAGAACGUGUGUCCGGGGAACUCAAGCGGCAGUCCCUGUGUGGAAGUGGAGGUGUUGGGCAUGCCGGCAGACAGCUGCCAUUUCCGCACCAAGCCCAUUCACCGCAACACACUCAAUCCCAUGUGGAACGAGCACUUCCAGUUCCACGUGCACUUCGAGGAUAUGGCAUUUCUGCGCAUCGCUGUCAUGGAGAACAACAGCUCACAGGUCACCGCUCAGCGGAUACUACCCCUCAAAACCCUCAAACCAGGCUACAGACACCUGCAGCUGAGGAACCUGCACAACGAGUCUCUGGAGAUCUCUAGUCUGUUCAUCUUCAGCCGCAGGACAGAGGAGAGCCCCACCGGAGGACCACUGCCUGCGUCUGUGCUGUUCAGCACGGAGGAAAGACGCGCCGCCCAGCAGCACAAAGUGACAGUGCAUGGAGUUCCAGGCCCCGAACCCUUCACCGUAAUCUGCGUUAAUGAAUACACCACGGCCAAGCAGCUCCUGGACUCUUUGUUUCCAACUACCUCCUUCGACGACUUCCUGAUGGAGGAGAAAAUGCCUCUGUGCAAGGAGAAGAGCGAGUCGAAGAAAGCGCCUCAGCAGCGCCCCCUAGCGAAUGACGAGCGGCUCCUGAGAGUUACUCACAGCUGGCAGCUGGAGGAGGGAUAUGUGGGCAGAAUAUACCUGAAAACCAAGGAAGAGCAGAACAUCAGUGAGAAGAAUACAGUGAUGGAGGGGGUGGAGGAGGUGAGCAGCGGAGAGGACGACACGUUCCUCGUGCAGGUUCAUGAUGUUUCUCCUGAGCAGCCUCACACGGUCAUCAAAGCCCCGCGUUACAGCACCGCCCAGGACAUCAUCCAGCAGACUCUGAGCAAAGCCAAGUACUCUCUGAGCAUCCUGAGCAACCCUAACCCAUGUGACUACGUCCUGAUGGAGGAGGUCACUAAAGACGCGGCUGGAAAGAAAUCCUCCUCGGCUAAACCGUGCCAGCGUGUGCUGCAGGACCACGAGUGUGUGUUCCAGGCUCAGAGCCGCUGGAAGGGACCUGGGAAGUUCAUCCUCAAACUCAAGGAGCAGAUCGCUCGUGAGGACAAGCGUAAGGGCGUGUCUUUUGCCAGUGAGUUACGGAAGCUGACGGGACGGAGUCGGAGCUUGACUGUGAACACGAACGGUUCAGCGGCUCACGAGUCGACACACAGUAAGGAAGAGAAGGCUGCAUGUCCCAGCAUGGUGCCUCUGCCAGAGGCCUCGAAGUGAAGGAGCGCUCUGCAGUGUGUGUGUGUGCAGUGCAUGGAGCUCUCACGAGGGUCUCUGUCGAUGGGGCUGAAGGCCUGGAUGGCCGAGGGACGCUUGGGUUCUCAGAGCGAUCGGGCCCCUGCCCCGUCCCCCUGGACCCUCCCGCUGCUUUGGAACUGGAAGCUGCAUAAGUGAGUCCAGACCCAGAGCAGCACCUCUAGUGUUCACUCCUCUCACGUGAGUGCGAUACAGUGCAGCCUGACGGCCGCUUGAGCUCGUCCCGUGCAGAACACGAUGGUCUGCGUGAACUGGGCUUGCUGAUGGGUUGAGGAAAUCAGUCACUUCAGCAUGUUACCGGAUGUCAGAUGAAGGCAGUUUCUCCUCACCUAUACUUCUUUUCCUUUUUUAACAGUACUGUAAGUGAAUGCAUCUGUAUGCAUUUCAUGUUUUAGUUGUGGUUUUGCACAUUACCUUGAAGUCCAGCUAUUUUGAAAGCUUUUUUAAUACUUUAUCCACUAUCCUUUUUUGUUUGUUUUUUUAGAAGCAAAAUGAUUGACUUCCAAACUUUAGGAUUACUUUUAUGAAUGUAAAUAUGGCGAUCGAGUUCACAGCACAGAAAGAUGCAAGGCAGAUUUGUUCUGCAUAUUUUAGCAGCUAAUUUAAUUUGAUGGCUUUCAUUGCACAUGUCCUGCACUGCAUUUUAAUGACCAACAGCAAAAAAAAAAAAAAAGCAAGAUGUUUAGCGGUACUUUUCUGUAAACUGCCUCGAAUCUAUUUACAGUAU